ACAGAACGCAGCAGAAAUACAGCAGUGCGCUGGAGGCGCCAUGUCGGGCCGGGAAGGUGGCAAAAAGAAGGCCCUGAAACAGCCCAAGAAGCAGGCCAAGGAAAUGGACGAGGAAGAUAAGGCUUUCAAGCAGAAACAAAAAGAGGAGCAGAAGAAACUCGAGGAGCUAAAAGCCAAGACCGCGGGGAAGGGACCCCUGGCCACAGGUGGAAUUAAGAAAUCUGGCAAAAAGUAAGCUGUUCCUCAUAUCUGAGAUGAUGGUGACCCUCUUCCAUUCCUAUUUAAACAUCUGGAUUCCCUGCCAUAACAUCUUUGCCAUCUACAGCUAGAAUGAAGUG